AUGGCGAUGAUGUGGAAAUAUAUCUUCGUGUCCGGUUUGUUGUUUACGAGUUCUCAGUAUCUUAAUUUGGGUGAAAAAGAUGAGUGCGACAGUAAUGAAAACAUAAUGGAAAAACUGCAAACGCUAGUGAACCAGCAGUCAAAGCUUCAGCAUGAAAUAGAUCGGCUGAAAAAUGAUAAGGAGGAAUUAAGAGUUUUGCUGACCAACUGUUCAUCAACAAAUGAUCAAACCCGUUCAUUGGAUUGUUCCGAUAUUUACAACAGUGGACAAACAAAGACUGGGGUUUACAAAAUUUACCCCUUUGGUGAAAACAACAGGGCUGUUUCCGUGAUUUGCGAAAUGGAUUCACCAGGGGGAGGUUGUACGGUAAAGGACAGUAACUCGGGUAUCCAAAAGGCAUAA